AAGGGUACAAUGCGAUAUUUGGUUAGUUGGCAGCAUAAGUCAAUUAUUUAAUUGUCAUUUGCAGCAAGAAUAAGUUAAUUUAACUAAAGGUUGUCGGUUAAUAUUUGUAUCUUAAUUGUAGAGAAUGGCUGAUUCAGAUGACGAAUACGAUCGCAAACGUCGCGAUAAGUUCCGUGGUGAACGAAGCUCUGGAGAUAGUUACCGUUCAGAGCGACGCGAUGAUCGUCGGAGUGGCGGUGGUGCAGGGGGAAGUAGUCGCGAUGACUGGACAGAUCGAAAUCCCUUUCGCGGUGGCGGUGGAAGUGGUGGGAGUGGAAGACCGAGGCCUGACUAUCGGGAUUAUCGUGGUGGGGGGCGCGAGCGUUAUGGCUCACCUGGACGUGAAAUGCCGCCGGCAAAACGUAUGCGUCCAGAUUGGGGUGAUGAUUUGCGUGGCAAUCCUCGUUAUGGUUACGAUCCUUAUCUAAUGCAUGCUUGGAACGAACAUUACGCGGCUCAUAGCUAUCACAGCGGUUAUGGUACCCAUGGACAUGUCCCGCAUACAGCACGCGAACCACCAAGUACCAAUGAUAUGCAGACACAACCGGCUAUGCUUACGUUAAAACAAUUCUUAGAUACUCAGGACGAUGGAAUUUCAGACUCAGAAGUUUUGAGAAAGUACAGCGAGUACAAAAUUGAAUUUAAGCGGCAGCAGUUAAAUGAAUUUUUCGUUGCACACAAAGACGAGGAAUGGUUUAAAAACAAAUAUCAUCCCGUAGAUAGUGUUAAGCGGAAGGAGGAACAACUCGGUUUCUUAAAGAGACGAGUUGAUGUUUUCAAUGAAGUCUUGGAAAAUGGCCAAGUAAAGACUGUAUCAGUUGAUACGUCACAAACGGAUCCCUUGCUUCGUUUGCUUGAUACAGUGGUUAUUAAACUGGAAGGUGGGACGGAUGAUGAUCUGAAAAUACUCGAUGAGAAACCUAGAGAGUAUACCUUCCCAGAAAGAACUUUCGAGAAAAAGCCGGAGCAUGACGACGAUGUGAUUAUAACUUCGGUGGGCAAAAAACGAAACGAAGACGAUGAUGAACCGAAAGUUGUAUCGCCACGCCCGAUACGUCGCGCUCAAGUUUCAGAUGAUGAGGAGAACUGGGACGAUGAUGAUGGUGACGACAGUAAGAAUAUUGCUAGCAAAAGUGGGGAUAAGAGAGAUAUGUCUGAUGACGAAGAUAAAAGUGAAGACGACGAGAAGGCUAAGGAUAAAAAGUCCUUAAAACGUAAACGAGCCAGUUCAGAAUCAUCUUCUUCGUCGUCUUCGGAUUCUGAUUCCAGUAGUUCCAGCUCCAGUGAUGAAGAUGAUGAUGAUAAAGUAAAAGACAAAUAUGACUUGGAUAGUGUAAAAGAAGAAAAGGAAGAAGAAGCAGAUAAGGAUGUUAAAGACAAAAAUGACACGGAUAAAGCUGUUGAGGAAGAAUCGGAAGCGCCUCCGGUUGAGAGUAAAUUAAAGGGCGAGGAUGAAAAAGAACCUGAAGUUACUCAAAAUGGUUCUGUUGAGGAGAAAAGGACAGAAGAUAAUGAGGGAAAUAAUAAUGAGGAAGAACAUGCGGAGAAAAUUGAUACUGAUAAAGUUGUUGAAAAAAAUCUAGAUGAUGAGAGUAAGAAAGAUACAAGUUUAAACAGUGAUGAUGCUAAAGAUCAGGAAGAGGUGGAAGAUAAAGAUGAUUCAGUAGUUGAUGAAGCUAAAAAAGAAAUUGAAACUGAAGAAAAGGAAAACCCGGAUGAUGUUCAACCUGAGACUAUCGACUUGGACAAAGUCAAGGAUGGUCCACAACCUCGCGCGCUUCAUCGAACAUCUUCGAUAUUUUUGCGGAAUCUUGCGCCUUCUAUAACCAAGGCAGAAAUUGAAACGUUAUGCCAACGUUUUGAUGGUUAUUUGCGUGUGGCAAUAGCUGAUCCUUUGGUCGAUCGGCGAUGGUACCGUCGCGGUUGGGUAACAUUCAAACGAGAUGUCAACAUCAAAGAGAUAUGUUGGAAUUUAAACAAUACACGACUGCGUGAUUGCGAGAUGGGUGCAAUUGUGAAUCGUGACUUAAGCCGACGAGUACGCCCAGUAAAUGGAAUGACUGCACAUAAAUCUAUUGUACGAGCUGACAUCAAAUUAUGUGCGAAGAUUGCUUUGAACUUGGACGAAAAAUUCAAAUUAUGGGAUAAGGGGUCCGAUAGUGAUAUUAAGCAAAAUGCAGAGAACUCCAAGGACAAUGGUGAUAUCAGUGCGUCCUAUGGUUUUAAGUCGAAUAAUCCAGUUUUACAAAAUAUUACGGAUUACCUAAUCGAGGAAGCAUCAGCAGAGGAAGAAGAACUACUUGGUAUAUCUGGGGAAAAUAAAGAGUCUGAAGGGGAGAUAAUUGAAAGAGAUGCACAGCUUAUUUCCGUGCUUGAUAGCCUGAUUUUAUAUCUUCGCAUCGUUCACUCAGUCGAUUUUUAUAAUCACUGCGAGUAUCCCUAUGAAGAUGAAAUGCCAAAUCGUUGUGGCAUAAUACACGCCCGAGGACCGCCGCCAUCGAAAGUGUCUCAAAAUGAUAUACAGGAUUAUAUAAAAAACUUUGAAAAUAAGAUGCAAACAUUCUUAGCGAAGACGACAACUGUUGAAGAAGAAGAGCUUAAGAAUUUGGGAUGCAAAGAUGCCGAGGUUGAAGUAGAGAAGUUCGUGCAGGCGAACACACAGGAAUUAGCAAAGGACAAGUGGUUAUGUCCGUUAUCGGGCAAGAAAUUCAAAGGUCCUGAAUUUAUACGAAAACACAUAUUCAAUAAGCAUACCGAAAAGGUAGAUGAAGUACGCAAGGAGGUAGAGUUCUUCAAUAACUAUUUGCGGGACCCCAAACGCCCACAGCUUCCAGAACAUGCUAGUUCCACUAAGCGUACAGUCCCAGAAUCUGGUGGCUUAGGUAGCUAUCGACCGCCAGUAUAUCCACCUGCAUUUAUGCCUCCAUAUGCUGCUUAUGCACCGCCGAUGAUGAUGCCUGGUCGAGGAGGACGCGGAUUUGGCCCUGGCCGCAGAGAACCAAUGGAACAGCAACGUCGUAUAAUUGGUUAUCAUGACCUGGAUGCGCCUGCUAAUUUCGAUAUGUUCGAAUAAAUUGUCUUGAUUCGUAGGAGUACUACUACAACAACUUACAACUGCUAUAGUUACACGCCACAUUUCAGAAUAAAAUUAAACACCUACACAUACUAUGUAGAGUCUGAAAGAGGCAAAAGGAAAACUACCAAACAAAAAACAAGAAAUUAAGUUCAGCGAAUUAAUAACCAUGUACAAUUUAUGACUUCAACAUAAACAGUUAAAAUGUCCUAGCGGUUGUGCUUAGUUUAAAGUUGUUUUCUGUAUAUAAUCAUUUUCGUGACGGAAACUUUUCAAAACACUUCAAGUUUUAUGCAAUACAUUACUACCACUUGAUGCUAAUGUUAAUUUUAACUUUUCUUAAUUUGGUUUUUUAGUUUAAUGAAUUAAGUAAUUUUAAAUAAUCCAUAAAGAAAAUUAAAAGAGUUUAAAUAAAAAUAAAUUGUAUUUAUGCUUAUAUGCUUACAGACCCGCUAAUAAGUAUCGUCAAUUAACACAGUACAGGGACUUGGAUGCCCCUCAAGAACCAGUUGACAUUUUUAACUAAUGCUGAAUGAAAAUCU